AUGGCCCCAGAAGCCCCGGCAGUGGCCAUCAUCGGCUCUGCGUGUCGCUUCGCCGGCGCUUCCUCGUCGCCCGCGCGCCUGUGGCAGCUGCUCCGACAGCCUCGCGAUGUUGCGUCCUGCAUCCCCGCCGAUCGCUUCAACAUCGACGCCUUCUACCACCCAGACGCCAGCAACCCAGGCACCACGAAUACCCGCGACGCGUACUUCCUGGACGACAAUGUUCGCGCCUUUGACGCCUCCUUCUUCAACAUCUCGCCCAACGAGGCCAACGCCAUCGAUCCCCAGCAGCGCCUGCUGUUGGAGACCGUCUACGAGUCCCUCGAGACAGCUGGGCUGCGUGUCGACCAGCUGCAUGGCUCCGACACGGCCGUCUAUUGCGGCUCCAUGAGCAAUGACUAUGCUUCUGUUACAACCUCAGACAUGGACGCCAUGCCGCAGUACAGUGCUCCCGGGACAGCGACCUCGAUGACGGCUAGCCGGAUAUCGUAUUUCUAUGACUGGCACGGGCCGUCGGUCUGCAUCGAUACUGCCUGCUCGUCUAGUUUGGUGGCCAUGCACUCGGCCGUGGAAGCACUGCGAAGUGGACAGUGUUCGCUGGCCGUCACCGCUGCAAGCAGUCUCAUCCUGUCGCCGUACAUGUUUGUGGCCGAGUCGAAGUUGCACAUGAUUUCUCCUACUGGCCGUUGUCAUAUGUGGGACGAUCGAGCUGAUGGAUACGCCCGAGGAGAAGGAGUGGCGUCCAUCGUCCUCAAACGGCUAUCAGAUGCGCUUCGAGACGGUGACCCCAUUGAAUGUGUUGUUCGAGGGAUCGGAAUCAACGCAGACGGUCGUGGGAAGGGUCUAACAAUACCUAACAGCACCGCUCAACAGCAACUAAUCAGAUCUACAUACCAACGCGCUGGUCUAGAUGCCACCCGUGCCGAGGAUCGCUGCCAGUUCUUCGAGGCACACGGAACAGGAACUCCGGCGGGAGACCCAGAAGAAGCCGCUGCUAUCUACAAGGUCUUUUUUGAAGAUUCUUCCCUAGACCGCCAAAACGACUCGUCUGAUGUCAUGCAUGUUGGCUCCAUCAAAACUGUGAUCGGCCAUACCGAGGCAGCCGCCGGGUUGGCAGGAGUAAUCAAAGCUUCACUGUGCUUACAAAACAAUACCAUUGCUCCAAACCUGCAUUUUAAUCGUUUCAACCCAAACAUAGAGCCGCUUUCUACACGGCUUAUAGUACCCACCGAAGAAUUGCCAUGGCCCCCUCUUCCUCCUGGUGUUCCUCGCCGAGUAUCGAUCAACUCCUUCGGACUAGGUGGGACCAAUGCUCAUGUGAUUCUCGAGAGUUUUGACCACGAUAAUUCAUCUCACAAAGACCUUUCUCUGACUUCACGGGCGACAUUGCCGGUAAUACUUCCGUUUAUUUUCACCGCGGCAUCACCAAGCUCCUUGCUCGCAGUUCUGGGCCAAUAUAAAGAAUAUCUUGAAAAAAAUCCGGAUACCGACCUACUAAAUCUUGCGGCAUCUUUGAUAACCCACAAAUCUCAGUUGAAACAUCAAGUUAUUUUCACCGCAGUUUCAGCCGAUGACCUGGCGAGCAAACUUCAAGACAAAUUAAACCAGUCGGACGCCCUUUCUCUAGACUUAAUAACCCCGAUCAAUCAUACAAGGCCCAAGCAAACUCUCGGUAUCUUCACCGGUCAAGGAGCACAGUGGCCACAGAUGUGUUUGGAUCUUAUAUCUGCCAGUACUGAUGCCUUUUCAUGGCUUCAGGAUAUGCAAAAUUCUCUAGACGAACUGCCACCUCAAUAUCGUCCCGAAUUUUCCAUGAUUGAACAAUUAUCAGCACCUGACUCGUCGUCGAGAUUGCACGAGGCCAUGAUCUCACUACCUAUUCGUACAGCAGUCCAAAUUAUCCAAGUCAACAUUCUUCGCGAAUUAGGGAUAUCAUUUGACGUGGUGGUCGGGCACUCUUCUGGUGAAAUCGCAGCUGCUUAUGCUGCUGGCAUUCUGACAUUCUCAGACGCUAUUCGAAUAGCAUACUUACGCGGAUUCGUUGUUGAACAAAAUAAAUCUGCUGGAGGAAUGCUGGCGGUAGAUCUCUCAUGGGACCAAGCCACGGAAAUUUGCACCAACGAGUUUUCUGGGAAAAUUGAGAUCGCGGCGUGCAACUCGCCGUCCAAUAUAACACUCUCUGGCGACUUGGACGCUUUGGAUGAACUCAAAUGGUUACUAGAAAGUCUAGGUCAAUCCCCUCGAACGCUACACGUGGAUACUGCAUACCAUUCUCGUCACAUGCUGCCGUGCGCUGAGCCUUAUUGCCGUGCGCUCAAUGAAUGCGAUAUUAAAGUCACCCAGACCUCUACCAAAUGGUUCUCUAGUGUGCUCAACGGUGAUUGCAUUGACUGGGAUAUUCACUCGAAAUCAUUCACAAGCGAGUACUGGAAAGAUAAUAUGAUCCGUCCUGUAAUGUUCUCCCAAGCAUUGUCCACGGCUUUGACCGAGUGCCCCGAAAUCGACGCCCUUUUCGAAAUCGGCCCACAUCCUGCUCUAAAAGGCCCUUCUUUACAGAUAUUGUCAACCUUGGAAGGAAAAUCCGAUUUGCCCUACAUUGCCUUGGCCGAACGAAAAAAAAGCAGUAUUGAAAGCCUAUCAAUGGCCGUAGGCUUGUCCGUGGCGCAUCUCGGUGCAGACGCAAUCAACAUUGCUAAUUAUAUAGCAAUAUUCGACAAAUCAUGGGCAUUCAAACCCAUCAGAAACCUUCCAUCAUAUCCAUUCGACCAUACGCAAUCUUACUGGGCACAUUCUAGAUUGACUAGCGACUUUCUACACCGCACAUUACCGCCCAAUCCUCUUCUUGGAAAUUCCAUUGCGAGAAACUGCCCAGGUGAAUGGCGUUGGCGUAACUUUUUGAGUAUCCAGCGCUUGCCAUGGUUAAGUAGCCACUGUGUUGAGUCGAGGAUAGUCUUUCCAGCAGCAGGUUAUAUAUCAAUGGUUGUUGAAGCUGCGGCGAUAAUAACUGGCACCCACCGUUCGUUGUGCUCAAUCGAAAUCGAAGACCUAAAGAUCGAUCGUGCCAUUGUUAUCCCGGCCCAUAGCACGGACGGUGUGGAAAUUCUCUUUCAUCUCGAAGGGACAGAUGGCACGGAUGACUUCUUUGCUGGCACUUUUAACUGCUUGGCCAACUUUGGCGAGAAAAUGAAAUCCUGCGCCUCCGGCCGUGUGACGAUGACUUUUGGCGAGCUUGAUCCGGACCUUCUUCCACUGAGAGCCGGGGUUGAGCAGGACUUACGAAAAGUGGAUGUGGAGGACUUUUACAGCUCCCUAAGUCGACUUGGAUUGAAUUAUUCUGGACCAUUUCAAGCCAUAACGAAUCUUGUUAGGAAAAUGGAUAUGUGUAGUGGUACUAUUAAAAUUGCAGAUGAUCCCAAUGAUGGCUCUUCGCUCCGUCUACAUCCAGCAAAUUUGGAUGCCGGGUUGCACAGUCUCAACGCCGCUUCCAGGGCUCCUGGCGAUGGACAACAAUAUCCCUUGACUGUCCCUAUUGGAAUUGAUCGCAUCACAAUCAAUCCCCUUUUGUGGAAAUUUGACACUAACAAUCAACUUUCAUUCGACUCUUAUAUCACGGUAAAUAACGCUGCUGUGUCGACUGGUGAUGUUCACAUGUUUGAUCAAGAUGGCCUUGGGUUAAUUUCGGUCGAGAACGUCAAAUUAUGCCCAAUUAUCGAACCAACCCCAACAGACGAUGACUUGCUUUUUGCAGAUAUAGUUUGGGGUCCUUUGGAGCCUCAUCCUCUUUUGAUAGAUGGCACCACACCAAAACCAAAUAUUGACUGGCAGUUGGUCGACAGAGUUGCUUUGCGAUACACCAAGGAUGCCCACGAGCAGUUGGUGACCAAUGGGUCAAAAGACCUGACAAAAGGGUCUUGUAUUUUAGCCUGGAUGGAUCAUGUUCUCAUGGGUGUUCACGAGGGCAAAAACAAGAGUAUAAGUCGUGAAUGGCUAAAUGACUCAUGGGACUAUCUGUUGGACUCUAUAUCGAGUUCUGCUUCACAGGUUGAGCUUCAAGUUGUGCAAGACAUGGGACGGGACUUGAUUCCUUUUUUGCGUAGAGAGGAUACUACAAUCACAAAGAAACAGCAUAAAAGUUCUCUCGAAAAGCUGUAUAAAGAUAGCGAGCAUAUCAACCCGUUGCUCAAAAGACUCACAGGAUUAGUCAGACAGAUUGUAUUUCGGUUUCCGUCUUUGAAAAUCCUUGAAAUCGGUACGGGAAAUGGGUCUGCCAUGCGUUCUAUGCUUGAUCAGAUUGGACGUGCCUACCACUCUUACACAUACACUGACAAUAUCAACGAUGGUUUCGAAAGUAUUCGCUCUUGCGUUGAUAAGCAAGAUGAUCGACUCAUUUUCAAAUCGCUCAACGUCGAACUUCCCCCCUUGGACCAAGGGUUUGAACACCACUUUUACGAUUUAAUCAUUGAUCCGGGCUGUGUGCUGCACACUUUGCAGUCCCAGGAUGCACUACAGAAUGUCCGAACACUAUUAAAACCUGGUGGCUUCCUCAUUUCUUCUAUACUUGACGGUUCGGAUAGCCUCUGUGCUCCUUUGAUAUUCGGUGCGCUUGCAAGCGAUGCCUGGUGGAGUAGUCGAAUUCUAAAAGACAACCCCGAGAGCCCGUUCCAAAUGAGGGAUAGAUGGGAAAGUCUACUUCUACGUAACGGAUUCACUGGUAUUGAGACUGCCACCCCAUCGCAGGAAGAUGAAUUGGGAUUAUUGAUCACUGUUUCAAGAGCAGCCGACGAUCGUCUUCUUUUGCUUAAAGUCCCGUUGGGUUCUACCCGAGUACUCGAUCACGGGUUGGUUUUGGUUGGUGGUACUUCGGACCAAGCUCCUCAUCUCAUAUCGUCCCUAGUCGAUCUGUUAACGCCAUACUUUAAAAGUAUUGUUCAUUUCGCAAGUAUUGAAGCAUCAGACAUACAAGACUCGACUCCGACAAUUUUCAUGUUGCUAGACGACAUGGAUAAGGCAAUCUUUUACAAUAUUCCCGAACAACGUCUACUACGACUGCAGCAAAUCCUAAACGUCGCUGGUACCCUGCUAUGGGUCUCCCCGGCUCGUGAUACAGAGGAUCCUUUCAUAGGAAUGAGCAAGGGUUUUCUCCGAUCAGCCGCUUUUGAGUACCCUCUCUCCAAAAUUCAACAUCUUCAGGUGGAAAAGGUUCAGUCUGGCACGGCAACCAAACUAGCGCAAAUAUUGAUGCGCCUGGUACAUUCCGACUCUCAAAACGAUUAUAAGCUGUCUAAGCGCGUCGAUAACUACGAGUUUGAACUGAUGCUGACUGAUAAUGGGCAUAUCAUGAUUCCGCGUAUGCAAUGGAGCGAGUCUUUGAAUCAGCGGCAUCUUUCAGGUCGUUAUGCGGUGAAACCUUACCAGGUUGAUAUCCAGUCUGCCGUGCAUGUCGUCGGUCCGGAACGGAUGAAAGAUGGGAACUUGCAGUAUUGCUUUGAGCAAGCCUGCGAACGCGAAGAUGAACAAGACCAGACAAAUCAAUCGUCAGCUACUAUCAAUGUUGGGUGUUCUACGCUUCAGGCAUUGCCGAUCAAUGGAAACAAUUUCUUUCACAUCGUAGCUGGAAGGAAUGCAGUGAGUGGUCAGCAGAUUUUAGCAUUGAGCGACCAACAUGCAUCCGUUGUGACGGCGCCUCUCUCUCGAUGCCAUACACUUUUGGACGACGUGCCAACUCAUUCGAAAGCUACACUAAUGAAAAAUGUCGCUGCAGCGCUUCUAGCAUUACAUAUAGUCACCAAGGCAGACCUAGGGACAGCUAUUCUUGUUCAUGAACCGGGUACCAUUGGAGAAGAACUCCAAGCAGCGUUGUCGUAUUUUUCCCAGGACAAUGAAACUCGUGUUAUUUUCAGUGCCAGCGGGCCCUCAUCCGUCAGGAGUGAUCCCGACACCAUAUAUUUCCACGAAAAAAGCUCUCUUCGCCAAGUUUCUCGUUUGUUGCCAGGAAAUAUUUCUCUCGUUAUUGGCAUGGGCGAAAAGGACGUUCUUUCCUCGCACAUUAAGGCCUCUCUGGGUAAAAAUGCAAUUUAUUUGGACUUGGAGGAUAUCUACCGGUCAUCUUCAGCUUGUCGAGGCGAUCCAGAUGAGCAAGCCAUGAAAGUAUUUGAAAGAGCAAUUAAUUUUUCAAAGGAUCGAGCCACGUCUUGGAAGCCCUUCGACUCAGUCCCGGCUCAUAGCCUACCUGAUAUUCCGUUCAAGGAUAAGGCUCAACUCGAUAUCGUUGACUGGACUCUAACGACUAGUGUCCCGGUGCAAGUACGCACGGCAAGUUCGUUGAUCACACUUUCCACUCAUAAAACCUAUCUUCUUGUCGGCAUGACAGGAGACUUGGGAAGAUCCCUUGCAGAGUGGAUGAUUGGCCAUGGCGCGCGAACGAUUGUUCUAGCUAGCCGAUCGCCAAGGGUGAACUCGUGGUGGAUUGAGAAGAUGUCCAAUAUGGGUGCUCGAAUUUUAUAUAUGGCCAUGGACGUUGGCAAUCGUGAUUCUGUCCUCGGGGUACAUAAUGCUAUAUGCGAGCAGCAACUUCCCCCGGUGGGUGGUGUUGUAAACGGAGCAAUGGUACUCAAUGAUAGUCUAUUCAGCAAUAUGAGCAUAGGCACGAUGGAAAGUAACUUCAAGCCCAAAGUCCAAGGAAGCAUACUUCUGAAUGAACUCUACCGCGACCCAAAGCAGCUCGACUUUUUCAUCCUCGUUGGGUCUCUUACCGGCCCGAUUGGAAACCCUGGGCAGACAGCCUAUGGUGCUGCUGCUACGUUUAUGGCCAGCCUUGUCCGCCAGCGAAGAGAACGGUUCAAUUUACCUGGCAGCGUUAUCCAUCCCGGUGCGAUCAUUGGUUUGGGAUAUCUCGAGAACGUCACUCGGGGUUUCAUAAAAUCGUUAACGGAUAGGAUGGGUCCAACUCAUUUAUCAGAACGCGAUUUUCAUGAACUUUUCGCCGAGGGAAUACUUGCUGGACGACCGGGUUCUGGUCGUGAUCCAGAGGUUAUUGCAGGGUCCAGGCAGAUCAACCCAAGGGAUUACCCCGAUGCCCUUUGCUACGCCGUUCCAAAGAUUUGGCCGAUUAUUAAUUACAGCGCGCAGUUCUCUGUUCCCGAGGAGAGAUUCUCGGCACACAACACACUUUCGAUAAAGGGCCAACUAGAAAAAACCACAUCAAACGAGGAAAUCUUGGAGAUAAUUUCAACUGGACUAAUAGCCAAACUUCGUACCAAGCUCGGACUAUCUCAAGACCAAGGAAAUCUAUCUCAGAAAACACAAUUGGCUGAGCUAGGAGUUGACUCGUUGAUUGCUCUUGACCUUCGUAGUUGGUUUAGUAAAGAGAUCGGUGUUGAUGUGUCUAUUUUGGAAAUCUUGAGUGGUGUUUCCAUUGGGGAUUUGACUCACAGUGCCGCAUCCAGGUGUUCUACUAUUGUGUAG